GCUCAGCUCGCGACGACGAGAUCACCCCAACUAACGACCUUCACGACAAAGACAGCUCUCUACCUGACACCAGAACCGUUGUCGCCGAUCCCCCAAUCCCUCAACGACAGCAAACAUGGACCCGGGCCGCAGAGCCAUGCUCUCAGGGCGCAGAUCACCCAGCCGCAGAGAUCGCGAAAGAGACAGAGACAUAGCCUCUCCACGACGCGACCCGAAUAAUCGCAUCACCAAACCCUCGAACCCUCCCCCUUCUUCGCGGCCACGUCAGAACAACAAUUCGAGCUAUAUGACGCAGGAUGAGCAGUCUAGACAGUUUGUCGCCGAUGAGGACAAGUUUGUUCUGAAACAAGCCAAGAAGAAGGCUGAUAUUCGAGUUCGGGAAGGCCGAGCUAAGCCUAUUGAUCUUCUGGCCUUCAAUCUGCGCUUCAUCGACGACGACCGGGACGUCUUCGACGACGACGAUGCCGACUUACACCUCAAUGUGGCCUCUCCCGAAGAGGUCCUACAGGGGCUCGACGAAUCACAGCUACGAGACCUGGAUUCUGACAUCACGUCCUACCACACCCUCGAGCAAAACGACCGCAACCGCGACUACUGGAAGUCGUUGCAAACCAUCUGUGCCGACAGGCGGCAGAAGCUGAAACCACAAGGUCCAGACGCUCGGGUCGUGAGCACAGUAUCCGAAGAUGUCGACAAGAUCCUGCGCCCCAAGACGUACGAGCAGCUCGAGGCACUUGAAUCACAGAUCAAGGCAAAGCUCCGCUCCAACGACGAUAUCGAUGUCGACUAUUGGGAGCAGCUUCUCCGCAGUCUGCUGGUGUGGAAGGCUAAGGCCAAGCUGAGAAAGGUGUCCGAAGCAAUCAACGACAGCAAAGCCGCACUGCUGAAGCUGCAGGAUCCGGAAAAGGCAAAGGCACUGGGCCACCACCACCAAGCCAACCAUGCCGAUUCUAUUUCGGGCCCUGCAGCAGUCAGGAACCUGUCAUCUGAACCAAGCAGGACAGAAACAAAGACGGUGCCUGUUUCAAGCGCGCCCCCGGGAACAGCUCGAUUCGCUCAGACGGGCAACGAAGACUUUUCCCAAGCUACCAAGGCUCUAUACGACCGCGAGGUCGCGCGUGGCAUUGGUGAGGACGAGGAGAUAUUCACGGCAGAAGAGACCGUUGCAAGUGGCUCGAAACCUCAAUGGGCUGAUAAGCAUCGGCCACGAAAACCGAGAUACUUCAACCGCGUUCAGAUGGGCUACGAAUGGAACAAGUACAACCAGACACAUUACGACCACGACAACCCGCCCCCAAAGGUUGUCCAGGGCUACAAGUUCAACAUCUUCUAUCCCGAACUCAUCGACAAGACCAAGGCGCCCACGUUCAAAAUCAUUCGAGAACACGGCAGGAAAAGGGGGGAGUCUUUUGCCGCAGCAGGGGAGGAAGAUACAUGCCUCAUCCGAUUCAUCGCAGGUCCACCAUACGAAGACAUUGCCUUCAGAAUCGUGGACCGCGAGUGGGAUUACAGUGCGAAGAAGGAUCGCGGCUUCAAAAGUUCCUUCGAUAAGGGUAUCCUGCAACUGCACUUUCAAUUCAAAAAGAUCUACUACCGGAAGUAAUUGUCCCCAGAAUCGGGCUGGGGUUGGAAAGGAGGCUCGCUCGUAUUGUCACGAUGCAUCUACGAUGUCACGAUGUGACAGAAUCAACCGGGUGGGCGGAUACAUCGGGACAACGUUUGGUGUCGGGAGGUUGUUUUGUUUUUGGCCUGGCCAGAAGUCAGGACAGAUCUGUAUCUGCUUUCCAUCUUCAGAUCCCGUCCGCCUCAUCUUCUUCUCCCGCUCGCUCGCUCGCCGGCCGCUCUCACUUUCGCUGGUACCACGUACAUUUCUCUCCUCUUUUUUCUUCUCCUCCACCGUUCGGAUCAUACACCCGCCGACGACCGCAACAGACCGCCGCUGGCCGCGGGCCGACCUCCUGGGAAGACAAGAGGAUGACGCACAAUCACACAGGCGACCAUAGCUCUCGUCUGCAACUAAUCAAUUACCUCCUUUUCCAUCUUCUCGUGCAACUGUUGGUAGUUGGUACCAGGGCACCAAGGCAUCAAGGCACCGGACGGGGCGCCAGGGCAACCCUUUUCGGACUGUUGCUGUACCUUUACUUGAAAUAGAUGCCUGGCCCCCACGACGCUAAGUGCUGCCGGCCCCGGACGACUGACAUGAUUCUAAGCAGACUUGUAUGAAGCUAUCCUGACCAGAGUCCGAGUACAAUGGCUGCAGCUACUUGCUGAUCUCCACGCCACCGCAGACGAAUCCACCCACCACCCUGCCACGCCUACCCUCUCAUCUCUGGGCUGGCGAUCCAACCCCCUUCACCGACUUGGACGUUGGGCGUUGUCGGUGGGAAGACGGGGUACUAUGACGAGCAGCAGAGUCCCUGGGUACUACUGACCUGGAACGAUCGGUCUUCCCCGUGAUGCACAGAUGUAGAGAGGCAAAGAAACCCGAAACACCUCUCUUGAGCAAGCGGCCACAUUUCGGCAUAGGCGGGAUUGAAUCUCCACCUUGACUACAUGAUUUCCCUGUUCUAAAUCCGUGUCGACAACAUGGAGUGUUAGGGAGCACCAUAGACUUUCUAGAAUUCGAAAAUGAUCUACGUGCCCGCGGGCUGGCAUCAAGAGACCAAUCUUCCGCCUGCCUUGCAACUCUCCUACACACUGGUACACGCCAGGACUUUGAGGCAGCGCUCGUGGAGAGGGCAGCGUGUGAUUGGUCUUCUCGCCAAAGUCGAUGCACGCGUCCGGUGUACUCGCUGCUGGUCUCCGAAGAGCUGUUGUUCUGCCCCAGAUGCCUCUUCUCAGCUCGACGAUUGACUGGUUGGUUGUCAAAGCUGGCUGGCGGGCCUCGCUCCAACCAUGAGAAUGACAGGCGUACACGGUCUGUACAUCUCUUGUCGAGCUGUACCUGGUACAAUAUGCCCCGCCACGACCUGCUGCCCACACGGGCCUGGUUGUGGAUGUGUGCAACAAUCUCUCAUCCUCUCGCGCCUCCUCUCUCUCUCGCGACCUCGCCUGGUGUCGAGGUAGCCUCAGGCUUAGAGCGUGUACCAUGCCAGUAUCCUGCCGUUGACCUCCCACACUCCCCCCUCUCUCCAUCCGCCGUCCCGUAUGGGGCGAUGGACCUGGACUGUCAUGGCCGCCAUGGCCGUCCCGUGCGGUCACUGGGGCAGAGUUCCGCUCCUGCUAUCAAACCAUGGUUG